AUGCUGUCUCCGCAGCCCGCGAAAGACCAUAACCCAGCUACACGACGCCAAUGGCUGCUUGCAAGAGCCGAUGCGAUUAUGAGAAAUGGGCGAGGAGAGGAUGAUGAAGAUAUGAACGAAGCAAGUUCAAGCACUAACAGCAAGGCCAAAGUUCCUUCUCAUCCCGGCAAUCUUCGAUUCCAGCGCCGCCAGUCGGAGCGCGCAUUUUACGAGGGAUCCUACCGCGAAGUAGGCAGCACUCCGACCAUGGAGUAUCCGACCGGAUCGUCACCGUGGGCAUCGUCACCGGAUGCCAGCAGGAAUAGCUUCGGUGGUGAAAUAUCGAGGGAGGAACUGCCAGCUCCGGCUGUUCAAGUUCCCAACAACGAAAGUGGUGAUGAGCAUGCAGGAGGGUGGUCACCAGAGAGGCAGCAGCAGCAACAGCAGGACGAGCAACAGCAGUCACAAGGGCCAGGCGAGGAGAACCGAAGACCAGCUUCAGCAGCAAGAUAUCACAAUACGACAAUGGCUCCGCAGCAAAGACAACACAUGCCGCAGUACAAGCUUCAGGCUAAGCUUACAGGUCUCGAGAGGACUGGCAAGAAGGACCUCAUAUUGAGAUUUGACGUGCACACCAAUUUGCCCAAGUUCCGAACGACCCAAUUCCGCGACAUCCGCCGCACGCAUGGUGAAUUUCAGAAGCUGGCCGCUCAUCUCCAGGCCUCGAAUCCGGAAGCGCUGGUACCUGCUGUGCCACCGGCAGCAAGCAGUGCUGGCAUGGGAACUGAGGAGGAUGAGGUUCGGACCAAAGCAGCGAUACAGAGAUGGCUCAAUGUUGUAUGCUCCAACGACGUUCUUAUGAGGGACGAAGAGAUGGUGUUCUUUGUCGAAAGCGAUUUUGGAUACAGUCCGGUGGUAAGAAAGCGGCAACCAGCAACAGGCAUGAGGAGAAAGGUGCUGAAGCAGUUCGCACCUCCGCCGGAUGACACACCCGAGUUAUUGGAGAGCAGACCUAUUGUGAAGGCGUUUUACCUGGGAUCUAUGGACAGCCAGCAGAAAGUUGAUAGGGUUGUGAAGUUCAGGCGAGCACUUGGCCUCGCAGAAUCAGACUUUGGCAACAGAGUUUCCACUUUGUCCACGCAAGAAAUGCAUCCUGGCCUUUCGAAUGCCUACCGAAAGCUCGGCAAGGUCAUUCAGAAUACUGGUGAUUUCCACUCUGCACAGGGCACGGCAGAAGCGACGACUCUUUCCGAUCCAUUGGCUUUCCACAGCAGCGAUGCCUUCAUCGUCAAGGAGACCUUGACGAAUCGUCACAUUCUCCUCCGGGAGCUCACGCAGGCCCAGCAAGCGACUAGAAGCAAGCUCAACGCCGCAGACCGACUCAAAGCCAGUUCCAGUGUGAAGCGUGACAAGGUCGACGAAGCCAUAUCCGCUCUGGACGAAGCGAAGAGCCACGAGAACUAUCUCCAGCAAAAGACGCAGCGUGUCACCCAGAAUCUCUUGAUAGAGAAACGUAAGUGGUUCGCCCGAACGUCCGGCGACAUGCGCAGCAGCAUCCGCGAAUAUGUUAUCCGUCAAAUCGAGGCCGAGCGCCGGACGUUAGCAAAUCUGGAACAAGUCCGCCCAGAUAUACGCAACGUUGAUGCUUCUGGCGGACUGAGUCGUCUCGGUCGUGAGGCGCACCCUGUUGUCAAACGCUCUAGUAUGGCGUCUAGUCAAGGGCCAAAGGGUGAUGCAUGGUCCGGUGUACCAAGGCGGCCGGAUGGCCUGAACCGUAGCAUCAGCGGUAGCUUUGCGGGCGGUGUACCCGGAGCCGUGCCAGAGGAAGGUGAAGCUGGACUCGGUGAGGAUGGUGCUGCCGUAGCAGAAGGCAGAAAACGUGCUACGAGCGGUGCAAGCAGUUUGGGCAAGUUGGCGGAGGACGAUGAUGAUGACAGAAUUGAUGCGAGGAAUGCUGCUAGUCGGUUGGCGCAGACGACCUUUUAA